CAUGAACUGCUGCUGCUGGCUGUCUACUUCCUGAAUUCACCGCUACAGAGGAAAAAACGACAGAUUGACUGGAGCCAAAAACACAGCACAAUAAACCCAAUUAUUCCUCCCCGAGAACAAGACGAAGAGCUCCCCGUUUCCACUCCUCCACCGACGGCCUGUCCCCAGGAGUGUCCCCGCCGCUCCGUCGCCGUGAUGGUGGAGACUCCAGCCGGCUGUCUGUUCGAGGACAUCCAGUAUGAAGACAUCCAAGUGGAAGCGGCUGUGGGCAGAGGGACGUUCGGAGUCGUCUUUAAAGCGAUCUGGAAAGGAAAAGACGUCGCCAUCAAGACCAUCGAGAGUGAGAAUGAGAGAAACGCGUUCCUUGUGGAGCUGCGGCAGCUCUCCAGAGUGAACCAUCCAAACAUCGUGAAGCUGUACGGCUCCUGUGACAACCCGGUCUGCCUGGUCAUGGAGUACGCAGAGUGUGGCUCUUUAUAUAACCUCCUGCACAGCGCAGACCCACAGGCUCACUACACAGCGUCUCACGCCAUGAGCUGGUGUCUGCAGUGCGCUCAGGGAGUCGCAUAUCUGCACUCCAUGAAGCCAAAGGCCUUAAUCCACCGGGACCUCAAACCGCCAAAUCUGCUCCUGGUGGCUCGUGGGACCGUGCUGAAGAUCUGUGACUUUGGAACAGCUUGUGACAUUCAGACGUACAUGACGAAUAAUAAAGGCAGCGCGGCCUGGAUGGCUCCAGAGGUGUUUGAAGGCUCUAACUACAGUGAGAAGUGUGACGUGUUCAGCUGGGGGAUCAUCCUGUGGGAGGUCAUCACACGUAAGAAACCUUUUGAUGAAAUCGGCGGCUCAGCGUUCUGCAUCAUGUGGGCCGUUCACAGAGGGACGCGGCCUCCUCUGAUUAAAGACCUCCCAGAGCCCAUCGAGAGUCUGAUGACUCGCUGCUGGGACAAAGAACCGAGCCAGAGACCGUCAAUGGAGGAGGUCAAGAACACUAUGAGCAACCUCAUGAAGUACUUCCCGGGCUCCGAUGAACCUCUCAAGCUCUCUCACCAGUCUUCAGCCAACAGGAGCGGCUCUUCAUCGGCCGCCAGCACAGGCUCGUACACUGACUUCACCUUCAACAGUAACCGGAGCGACGACAACUCAGAGCUCAGAAACACAACAGGACGAGAUGAAACCCUGAAGAGUUUUGAGGCUAAAUUUCCUCUGCAGUUCAAACCCUCAAAGACGGCCACGCUGCGUACCGGUCUGUCCAGAGUGUCCAGUGUGGAGAGCCAACCAGGACGCUCGCAAAGCCCCACCCACUGCACCAGCCCUGUGACCACCACCGGCCAAUCAGAGCUCAGGAUGACCUUCAGCCCCACAGCAACCAACGGUUUGGACAGCUCCAUUCCUCUGGCCUACUUGAAACUGGAUCAUCAGCUGCAGCCUCUGGCUCCAUGUCCCAACUCCAAAGAGUCGAUGUCCGUGUUCGAGCAGCACAUCCGGAUGGCUCAGGAGUAUCUCAAAGUCCAGUCCGAGAUCUCGCAGCUUGUUCGCAGGAAACAGGAGCUGAUGUCGGAGCUGGAGCAGGACCAGAGGGAGCAGCAGACUUCAUCCAGACUCAUCCAGGAGCACAACAAGCUGCUGGAGGACAACAGCAGCCUGUCAGCCCAGGUCCAGGGCUUAAAGAGCAAACUGGGCCAGAUCAAGAGUCAGAACCAGCAGCACAGCUAGGACGGGACAGGAGGAGAACGAGAGGAGCGCCUCCGUGAUCAUAAAGUAGAGCCCGUAACCCUGACAGUAUUUCACUCUCCUCUAAACUAAUAUGACCCGGCGCGUGACAGAAGCAGAUUUUUGGUGAAAUCUAGUCUCAACAAAAACUUUUAAAUCAGAUAGUCGGGGAAAACGUUCACUCUGUGACGGUACAAUGCCGACUGGGAUAGCGAUGAUAAGGCAGCUAUCAGAGCGGGUUCAGCCUCUGGGUGUGUCCGCUACGAGAGACAACCUCAGAGCGGCACUCUGACCUCCGCUGUAGAGAUUUUAAACUUUAUACUCACCGUACAUCACUCCAAAGCAUUCCAGAUAAUCUUGACUUUUAUCUCGAGUUAUUUCAAGCACUUGCUUUCUGAGUUGGAUGUAAAACACAAAGACAGUUCCUCCCUGGAUUAGCCGUCACAGCUAGCUGACUUCCAGGGCAGUUUCAGGCUGGCAUGCUUCACUAUAUCUUGUGUUGUUGUUUUUGUUGUUGUUGUUGUUGUUGUUGUUGUUUUUACUGAGGAUGAUUCAUACAAAGUAAACUUGACUGAGAGUCAGGAAGGGCACAUUGUUGAGGAAGAGAGACAUGCAGGGGUCACACACUGCAUGAUGUGUUAAUCAGAGUAUUUUUAGUCCUUGGCCCAUCUUUUUUUAUGUUUUUGGAUCGAAAUGACCAACAGGUACAAAAAGUUUGAAGUCGGGUGAGUCAGACAAACGUGUGUCCUCUGGAGUUCCUCCUCAGAAAGGAUCCUGACAGAGGAAGAGCUUCAGAUCAAGAGGAAGAUGAUUUUUAACCAGAAACUGACACAGAGUUAGGAAGUCGAGCUCGGCUGGCAGAACAUCAGCUGCUCUGAACACCAGCCAGCCUUCUCUUCCUGCUUUGUUACUCUCCUCCACCACAGCUCCUCAUAUGUGCCGUCACUGAUGCUCGCUCUGCUCUGCACCCCGGGGGUCUUUGCUGCUGCUCUGCCUGCCUUUGCUUUGAACUUUCUAGAUUGACAUGCUUGAACGAAGCUUUUCCAGACAUGAGAUGUUUCAUCUUCCAUACAAGCUCAGACACUUUAGACUCUUUGGUAUCAAUCUUUAUUUAUAAAGCGCCAAAUCACAACAAAUGUUCUCCUCAGACUCUUUCCAAACAGAGCCGGUCUAGACCGUACUCUAUGUUCUAUUAUUAACAAAGACCCAACAUCAAGACAGGAUCAGAUCCAGUCCCAUCUUACAGACAGGACUCGGUCUGAUCUCAUCUUAAUCCAUCAUGAGCAGAGCACUUUGCAGCAUUUAGCAAGUUACAGUGGCAAGGACAAACUUCCUUUAACAGGCAGAAACCUCCAGCAGGACCAGACUCAUGUUAGACACACAUCUGCUGAGACUGUUACUACAUCAUCUUCCUCUUGAACCUGAAGGUUUGACUCUGAUCCUCUCUGUAGAGUUCAGAUGAACAGUCUGAGGCAGGACGUUUGCUCCUGAGGGUUACAGCCGGCUGAAGCAUUUUAUCGGGGGAAUGUUAAAACCGUUAAUCAUGUACUUAUCAUUUUUAAACUGUAAAUAUUGAUGACCGAGGAGGAGUUUGUGCUCGACUCUUUAGGGCGAGCGAGGUAAAUUCAGAGAGCAGCACCAAAGAGACUGGCAUGGAUUUGAUGUUCCCUGAUUGGACUGGACUGAAACAUGUACUCCUGAGUGUUGACCAUGACUUGCCUUCUUUAUAGUCUUUCUUGAGUUGUUGAGUAUUAUCUACAAGUGUACUUCUUACCUUUAUAUAAUCUUAUUAUCACGCCCUCGUCAUCGUGGAGUCACGUGAAACAGCUUCACUGUGAAACUAAACCAAAGGAGGACUUCAGGCCGGGGACGGUUUCUUUAAAGCUGUUCUCUGUGACUUCACCUUUUCCCCUCUGAUAUAAGUCGCACAGUUAUACGAGCAUCAAAUCUGCAUGCUACACCUCCCCUUCACUUUCAUGGAUUUUUUAACAGCAGUUUAUCUUAAUGCAUUGUUCAGACGUUGCCUUCGUGUACAGAUCAUUUUUAUCUCUGUGUAUUGUAUGAAAACUUCAGAUGGAAGCCUUAUGAAUCCUGAAACAUGUCUCAUGUAUUUUUUUAAAUGUACAGACUGCAGUUACGUGCUUUAAGAAAGUAAAGACACACUUUUGUAA